AUGUACUCCGGUAUAACAUAUACACAGUGCGAGUCUCAGUUCAUUGUAACCAACACACAAGAAGUGAACCGAGCUAAUGAGACAGAGAUAGCAGCUGUAGACGAGCUAAUUAAAAUAAAGAAAGAAAGAGACGAUUUGAGAUGUAAAUUGGAAGAGAACAAAAUGAAGGUGAUAGAUUUGGAAAUUGAACUGAACGAAUCGUCGCUUAUUCUUUCUGAGGUGCUCAAAAUUUCCGAUGGUCGAGAACUGAGCGAGGUUAAACGGAGUAAAAGUUAUUUCGAACUGCAAAAGAGUGGUAAGGUAGUGGAUAGGCUUGACAAAAGGAGAUUCAGUAGGAGUUACAAUGAUUUAGAUAUGGUAACAUAUGAUAGAAGUGGAAACGAUCCACCCAAUGUACACAAACUGAGCAGAAAGAUAUCUGAUCUAUCUAAAGAAAUUGGUAUAAAGAAUUCUAAAAUCAUAGAACAACAGAGAUGUAUAUCAAUAUUAGAAGAGGCAUUGAGGGAAAAUAACAAUAUAACAGAAUUUGAACAACUUCUAGCAGUGGUUAGAAGCAAAGAUGAAAGAAUUAAUGAGUUGGAACAGAUUAUCAAUAAGAAAGGAACAACAACUGCCGACUACAGAGAUAACAGGAUACUAGAAUUGGAAGACGCUCUUAAAGAAUCUUUUUUGAUCGCUACUGAAAGGGAGAAGGUAUUUUAUGAAGAAGAACAGAGAAGAAUUGAAACAUUGAAGAAGAUGAAAAAAAUGGAGCAACGUAUUCGAUCGCUGCAGAACGCUUCAGCGCUAAAUUGCGAGACGUGUACCUCAGUAUUGAAGCGGUUCAAACAAUUGGAGUGUUCACUUCAGCGCUGCAAAGCGAUGCGCGAUGCAGCACUGCGUCAAUUGUCACGCGUGAUUCAAGACAUCCUAGAAUGUUCUAUCACAGAGAAAGAUUCCCAGAUAGCAGAAUUAGAGGUGAAAGGAGUACUGGAUGAGAAUGAAACAGCAAAAUGCGAUGCUCUGAAGAUCGAGCGAGACAGACUGCUCAAUAGACUUAAGACCGAGAACGAGAGAAUAUUGGAACUCCAACGAGAAGAGUACCAGGCUCAUAUGAAUCAAGAGGAGUGUCAUACACGAGUACCAGUCGACAUCACGUUGGCCGACGACGUCAUUGCCGUCUGCGACGAUAAUGUAAUUGUCUGGGAGGAGGACAUCCCCGCAACAGUGCUCUGACGUCACAAAAAGCUAAGUCAAAACGUAAAUGUGUUUGUGGCCUUAGCCUCAUUACCGCACUUGUCACCACCAUCACUCGCUACCUUACCAACCAUCAUUGCUUCUCACUCCAGCAUACAGCCAAAGAAAUUAAAAAAAAAAAAUAUAUCGCCCCGCUUGCAAUAUCUGAACAUGUUCUCUUUCAAAUUGAAUUUCGAAUCGUGCCAUUGAACCAAAGAUGUCUUUUUUUUAAUUAUAAUUUAUAGUCUGUAAAUAAAAUUGUUUUCUUUUUUAAUUUUCGUUGUUUUAUUUUUCUUCAUUCUUAAACAAAAAAAAAGAACAUGAAUGUUGUGUGUUGUUUAUUUUUUUUUAUUUUGUUUCAUAAAACUGAGGUAUCAAAAUUGAAGAUAAGCGAAUGAUAUUUUUUUAUCUGAAUCGAAUGAAAUGGAACCAAUUAUUUAUCUAUACUAAUUAUUGCACUUGUUAAACAAAAUGUAUACCUAAUAGAGCAAUAAUUUAAUCUAACCAAUACUCUAGUUGAAACCACGCUCGGUGUCUAUUUUUAUCUUGAACUAGUCAAAUCUAUUUAAAGAAAUUUAUUAUAAUAACAUUAUUUAUCAUGGGAGAUAUUGUUUAACCGAUAUAUUUAUAAUGUUAUCCGUAAUUUAAUUCAAAUAUAGAUAGUUUCACUUCGCUAUGCGAGGGGCAUAGCUCCAUACCCCUAUAGUGUGUACCUAUCAAAUUAUUUGGUUUUAGAAAAAAAACUAUUUACAUGUACUACUACACGGCGAUAUACUUAGUUAGAUAAAAUAUCAUAAAUAACGCUGUCCAGCGUUCCGUUCAGUAUCAUUAGGUUAUUAUUUGCCUGUCACUUGCUAGCAGUAAAAUAUAUCUGGUUAAAAUAGGAAUAUUUUUCAGAAACAUAUCAUGCGCAAACUUAACAUACAAAGCUGACGGGCGGCAUAUCAUUUUCGUGUAAGCUUCUUAAACUGACCUUAGAAUUGUUAUUCGUGUUCGGACUGUAUGUGAGACGCUUGUAAAAUGUCAAAAAUAAGCACUGCCUUACAUUCUAAGUAAAUUAAUGAGCGAUAAUGAGAACUUUAGACGUCCGCUCUCUCCGACUGAUGGCGUUGGAAUGACAGUGAGUAGUGCGAGAUCUUAAACUUCCUUUACGGCAGCUAUGUUAAAAGUACCCACAAAAAUAAAUUACCUAAUUAUUGUGAGCUUUUUAUAAUAUCUUUACAACAGUAUUGUAUUUGUGAUAAAUAGAUAUCCAUUAACGAAAUCCAAUUUGUGAAACAAAUAAAAUAUAUUUUUAACUCCCUCUCUUUAAAUCCGUAACAAUAAUUUAUACAUCUAGUUAAGUACCGUUCGUUGAUUAAGCCACAUUUGUACCAAGCUUGUUGCUGUUUUAAGCAAUUGUUUUUAAUAAAUAAAAUUUAAAAAAAAAGCCAAAUUUCAUAAAUUGGAUUGUCGCAUUAGAAGUACAACAUCGAAAUAUUCCUUGAUACUUUGUCUUUAAGGACAACGGUCACUAGUUUGAGAAGAAACCCCUUGAUGACAAAACUAAAAAAAAUUGGUUGACCUUUGUCCUUGGCCUAUAGGCUCUGCUCCUUCGAUUUCUCUGUAAAAAAAAACUUGUUAUGUUAUUAAAUUCACAGAUAUUAUAGAGUGUUGGCAAAUUUAUGGCUUUUUAUACACAGUCGCUGAUUGUAGUGUGUAUUUGUAUGGUAGGCCGGGUUGUAUAGUGAGCCGCAACGUUCCGUCGACAACACAAUUUGGUCGGAUUAUAAAAUCACAAGGUCAUUUUCUAGUUACCAUUUCAAAUUCGAUAGAACGCUGCGGCUCCGGGCGACUUUUUUCCGUAACGACUCAAGUGUGUAGUAUGUCGAUCAAAUCACAAUAAUUAAGUACUAUGGUAUUAACGUAAAUGAUAUUAGUUACUUGUUACGUAAAUAACGGUAUAAGUGACAGUGGAUCGCCAUGUUUGACACGUUGUAUUGACAGAAAUUAUGCUGAAAAUAUAAAAUACAUGUUCUUUGAAAAUAUAAUAUCUUCAUAUACGGAACGG